UGGGUGUAUUGAUUGUACUGGGAGCCAGUGUCAGCGCGCAAUUCGAAAACUUUGACAACUUUAACAAUUUUAAUAAUUUUAACAACUUUAACCGAAGAUGCACAUCAUUACCAAGAGGAGAUACUUGUCCAGUAUAUCAGGUCUGUCUGGCAGGAAGAUGUCAGAAUGCUCGAGGAAACUUUGAGAGAUGCUCCAUGGGUGGGACAUGCGAAAAUUCUUUUACACACACCUGCAGAAAAGGGUAUUGUGUACCAACUUUGGGAACCUGUAGAUUUGACCACGACUGUGGAAUUCGACAAAGGUGUAAUAUGGGGACAUGUGUAGCAGAUACCACUAGAGAAUGCCGAUCAGAAAGAGAUUGCGGAUUUGGGUCACGGUGUGUUGGCGGCAGGUGCUAUUCAGAUUCAACACAAUGCAUGAGAGACAUUGAUUGUGGACCAAAUCAAAGAUGUCGAGGUGGAACUUGUCUCGCAGACACACUUUGCAAUAGGGACAAUGACUGUGGAUUUGGUCAAGUUUGUCGAUUCGGCACCUGUAUGGAAUCAAACUUAGGAAGUUCGAGGCGAUGCAGGAUGGACAGAGAAUGCGAGUUGUACGAACGAUGCCGUAAUGGAUAUUGUGUUCAAGGUCAGGGCCAGGGUUCCUCUUACUGUAAUCCUUACAGAGGUAUUAACUGUGAAAGAGGAUACCGGUGUCUAAACUCUCAGUGUGUUCCUAUGGGUACAGAAAAUUACCAGGAGUUUUGUCGAAGCAGCCCACAAUGCCAAGCUGGCUACCGCUGUGUGAGAGGGCGCUGCAUACCAAGACGCCUUUAAUAACUGAAGAAUGGUAGUCACAAGAAAGAAAGGCUACAGGAACAGACACAGGUUGAGGAUAAACCGAAAGACAUGUACGAACAUUUUUUCCUUGAGAAGAAAGAAAGACAAUAGCUGUGGAAGCAUAAUUCUGAAUAAAUAGAAUAAAAUUAAAAUGAUGAAAUAA